AUGGACGAGGAACAUCUUCACGACGACCUGCACGUUUUUAAAGACAGAAACUUCUUCCGGCAGAAGCUGAGAUCCUUUUUCACGGUAUACUUGCUACUGGCCCUCUCCUUCUUGCUGAUCAUCACCCUGUUCGCUGUGUCGCUCUCCAGAGUUUCAGCCAUUUCUUCUAAACUCAACGAGGUGCAGCCGGAACGGAAACAGAACUUUUCCGGCAGGGAUUUUCUGUUGUUUCCCUGCGGACCCGGAUCCAGGGAAUGGGAAUACUUCGAUGGAAAAUGUUACUACUUCUCCCUGACCAGAAUGAGCUGGUACAAGGCGAAGGCUCAGUGCGAAGAGAUGCACUCGCGGUUGGCUAUCAUUAACAGCUACGCCAAGCAGAAUUUUGUCAUGUUCAGGACAAGGAAUGAGCGUUUCUGGAUCGGGCUCACGGACGAGAAUUCGGAAGGGGAAUGGGAAUGGAUCGACGGGACCGACUAUAAAACCACGUUCACAUUUUGGAAGGAGGGAGAGCCCAACAACAGCGGCAGCAACGAAGAUUGUGCCCACAUCUGGGUCUCCGGGAAGUGGAACGACGUCUACUGCACCUAUGAGUGCUACUACGUCUGCGAAAAGCCUCUGCCCAACUGA